AUGCAUCAAUUAUACGUUCUAUUGAAGAAUUUCUGCAAAGAAACUUCUCAAAGGCUCACUAUAAUCGAUCAGAGACAGUACGAGUAUAAAAGCAACAAUCACGUAUCCAUUAUGCAAUCUAUUGAAGGUAUACUUGUGCUGCCUCUGAUCGAUUAUGUUGAGAUUAUGCUGCCUCUUAUCAUAAUCAGUCUUAAAGCCGUGUAUGAAUUGAUGAAACCCGUGAAUAGUGAUUCCUUAGAACUAGUUGCAUUGAAGUUCUUUAAUUGGGUACUGCCAAGGAGGGAUGAAGAAAUCCUCAUUCAUUUUUCACUAAGUGCACUAGAACCCAAACAUCUUCUCGAUUUGGUUUACACUAGCUAUCUGCCAUCUAGUGUAAACCAACUGUCAGUGACAAACCUACUACCAUAUUCGGAUAAUGCAAUUCAAUGCGUAAAGCUACUACGAAAAUCUGGAAUCAAGAUCAAGCCGGUGAAUGCAAAGAGCCUUUCGAAAAUAAACUUCAAGAAAACCACACUUCAUAUCCCACCCAUUACCAUUAAUGAUUACACCACCACAUUCUUCAUCAAUUGCAUUGCACUGGAACAGUGCACCCAACACACUCGGACAUACUUCACAGCUUAUAUUGCAUUCCUGAGUUGCCUGAUUACUUCCCCCAAAGAUGUCACUUUUCUUAGUCGAGAUGAAAUUAUCACUAGGUUUUCCAACAAUGAUCGACACAUAGCUGCCUUGUUUAACAUAUUGGGAGAGAACACAACAAUCAACAUCAAAAAUUGCUAUUUGUCAAGACAAGUUACAGAGAUAGAUUCCUACUACAGCACCCACUGGGCCAUCCUCAUGCGCACUUGUUUUAGUACGCCUUGGUCGUUCAUCUCAGCUUUUCCAGUUUUCCUUGUAUUAGUUUUUGCGUUUAUACAAACUGUAAUGGCCAUUUUGAGCUACACGGCAUCACUUUGA